AUGCCCACGUUUGUCCGCUUGCCUUCACUUGUCUCCUAUUCCGCCUCAUCUGGGCGCGCUUCUUCAAAUGAGCUUCGUCUGACUUGUCGCGUUUGGCCUCCAAAUGCGUUGGUCCAGCUCGUCGCCGUACCAGAUCGCUUCACCGCCGGCCUAGGAAGAGGUGGUGGCACCAGUGUCUUGGAUCAAAUGACUCUGGUGCACCGUGGACUGGGUCUACAGCGUUAUGGAGUUUUGGAGCCUCGUGCCCGGCGUUCCGGUGGCCAAAGUCGAUCCGGUUUGACGUGGGAUGGCGACUGGGCUGAAACAGAGACGGCUGCCUCUGGUGAAGAAGAAGCCACAUGGCCGGGCAGUGAACUGGAGUUAGAGGAGGAGGAAGCCAUCACCCGGGCCCUGAACGAGGUACCUCCUGGACUUUUGAGCUCGAGUCCCGGCGGCUUGCCAACUGGCUUCAGUGAUAUGGCCGGUGGAUGGAUCAGUGCUGUGGCACUUGCCCCUGCCUUGGCAUCUGUCCAUGCUCAGGGCUUCGAGGCUAAUCGUCGGGCUGCUGGGUCUGGCUUGCCUCCAGACCACGAAUUGAUAUUGCAGUUGGCUUUGACGGAGCCUAAUGACAUUGCACAGCUGACUGGGAAACGGCUACAUUGUCUGGCUCGGACCAGCCUUGGAGGCAUCAUUAGCAGACCGUUUCGGAUAAUGCCUGCCAGUAAGUUGGCUGUCACGCUAAUGCAUAAAUAUUGA